UUCCUCUAAAUUUGCGCCGUUGGGGGGCACGCAGAGGGGGUGAACCUCCCCUCUACGAACCCCCGAAACCACUUGGCUUUUGUGUAUCCACAAAGCUUCGGCACACGGAAGCCGAUAGCUCGGCCAUCAGGAGGUGAUCCCAAACAGGACUUCGAGGUCGUGUGGAUCAGGCAGGAAAAGCAUGCCUCGCAAGAACAGCAACAGGGUGGCGAACGUAAAGAAGAGGGCUCGUCGUCCCAAGGGGCGGCCGCCGGAGCGGGCGUGGGCGCAGACAUUAGCGCAGAUGAAAGCAGCAGCGGCAGCGGCGGCGCGGAGAAAGUCCCUUCGCACUCGGGGAGGCGAAACGUUUGUGCGCCUUCGAAACGGCGGCUUCAGUAACAGCUGCGGGCCCAUCUGCUUGUUGCAACAUGCGAUGAGUGAUAGCCUCCCGAUUGCUACCAUCGAGAGAGCCACCAAUGGCGAGAUCGCGUCUGAGGUACGAGGCGCCCUGCGGUACAUUCGCGACAUCACCGUCGACACCUCGCACGGCCACACCCUGAGUGUGCUCGACCCCGACGAGGAGCGUGAGGUUCACGGGUUCGAAGAUCUGGUGGAUUCCGCAGAGCGCGACAUCCUUUCGAAGCCGAUGUGGGACAAGAUCAUGCGCUGUCCGUACGGCUACUUCGAUGGCAGGGCGAUGAUGAUCGGGGCGGACGCUUUGGGUCUAGAUGGUCUUCUGAUAGUUCGGGUGGACAGCGCUGGAUUUUUGGUGGCGAUGGAUGGGAUGACGACCCCAGUUGCCGAAGCGAAGCAUCUCCCACUGCCCUCUGGUUUUGGUGGGCUCAAGAAAAGUCAGCCUCAGCUUGAAUGCCACCCCCACACGCCCAAUCCUCAAAGCACGUUUCAAAAUAGCGAAGGCGUGCUUGUAUGGCGGGCUCGUCACGACCCACUCCGGGCGCCGCCCUUCCUCGCAGAAGGUAUCCACAAAUGUGUCCGUCGUGGCAUCCAUAUGACUGUCUGCGACCAACCUGAGGAGGGUGACAAGGACCAGGAAAAGGCUUGAUUUUAAUAAUGGAGAAACGGCACAUUGAAGAUUUAAAUGACAGGAUCGUCUGCCAAUAAGGGUGGCUGAUGCCCAUGCUGUAGACUUUGUGUGUCCUAUAUAUAUAUAUAUGCUAGUUUUUACGCCAAAAGAUAACAAGGCUUCAACAAGACUUCGUAGUUCCAACAGGCACUUGGAAUACAGUGAUGGGCACCAUGAAGACAAAAAAAAAUAA